AUGUCGCAAGAACAUAAGACCGAUGAUAGAGAUAAGACUCUCUUUCUGGAGCAGGAAACUUCGAAAGUCAACUCUCCUCUCAAUGAAUUUCUGCAGAGUACUAAUGUUCUUGUUGUCGACCCGGAUCUCAUCACUUUACGUAAUAUGAAAGAAAUCAUGAAACAGUACACUUAUCAAGUGACAACUUAUACGGACGCGGAAGAAGCUAUCUCGUUUCUGACAAACUGUAAACAUGAUAUUAAUAUUGUGAUAUGGGAUUAUCAUAUGCCUGGAAUUAAUGGACUGCAAGCUCUUGAAAUUAUUGGUUCAAAGAUGUCUCUUCCUGUAGUGAUUAUGUCUAAUGACCAUCAAACCAAAUCGGUGGUGGACGCAAUUCAACAUGGUGCAUGCCACUAUGUUAUGAAACCGGUUAGGAAAGAGAUCAUUGCCACCAUAUGGCAUCACAUUAUACACAAGAGGGUGAUGUCUAAACCUGGUUUAGUUCCACCAGUUGUGGUACAUGAUGACUGUUCAAAGCAAGACAAAGAUGAUUCAGUGACCGUAGACCAAGAUCGUAGUGAGCAGAACAUCAAUAAGAUAGAAGAGAAAACAACAAAGAAACGAAAAAUGACGGUUAAGAGUAAUGGUUCAGAACAAGAUGACGAUAAUUCAAGGGCCGUAAGCAAAGACAACUUUGAACAAAGCAUCAAUAAGAAAAAAAAUGCAUCUUUCAGGAAACCGCGGAUGUCGUGGACUGGAGAUCUUCAACAGAAAUUUCUCGAUGCCAUCGUUAUACUUGUUAUGUCUAAUGACCAUCAAACCAAAUCGGUGGUGGACGCAAUUCAACAUGGUGCAUGCCACUAUGUUAUGAAACCGGUUAGGAAAGAGAUCAUUGCCACCAUAUGGCAUCACAUUAUACACAAGAGGGUGAUGUCUAAACCUGGUUUAUUUCCACCAGUUGUGGUACAUGAUGACUGUUCAAAGCAAGACAAAGAUGAUUCAGUGACCAUAGACCAAGACCGUAGUGAGCAGAACAUCAAUAAGAUAGAAGAGAAAACAACAAAGAAACGAAAAAUGACGGUUAAGAGUAGUGGUUCAGAACAAGAUGACGAUAAUUCAAGGGUUGUAAGCAAAGACAACUUUGAACAAAGCAUCAAUAAGAAAAAAAAUACAUCUUUCAAGAAACCGCGGAUGUCGUGGACUGGAGAUCUUCAACAGAAAUUUCUCGAUGCCAUCGUUAUACUUGGUGGGCCUAAAAAAGCUACCCCAAAGGGACUUCUCAAAUGCUUGCAAGAUAUGAAAAUCGAAGGACUCACUCUAAACAAUGUGUCCAGUCAUCUUCAGAAAUAUCGUCAAACUAUUGAGGAGAACCCAAUUCCUCAACAGUACCCAGAAACUAGUUGGUCUAGUGUCUGUAAACCCUCAACUUUCUUAUGUCUGAAAAAUGGUUUCUUUGCACCAUCAUCCCUUAUGAAUGGCCCACCUGUUUACCCGAUCCAGGACAUCAAUAUCAAAAUGGUUACUUAG